AUGGCGAAACGGAACUUCGCUGAGCGUGCAUGGGAAGAUGCCAUUGUUGUGCAAGAGCUCGUCCAUCAUUUUGAGGGAUCGGCAACAUUGACUACGACUCAGCUCAUGGAGGCUGCUUUUGAAUGUUUCUCGAGGCGACAGACGGAUCAGUUCAGCCAGGGUGACAUCACCUAUGCCAUCAUGGGUCUUUUUUCUCGUAGACACCGUCCAACUGUUGAUAAGGGAGACUCAGGAUUGCAGGCAUUUGCGAAACUUGCGUUUAAAAACGACUGCGGUGCAUUCCUGAGUCGCGUUAUCUGUUUCGAUCCUCCACCAUCCGGCCCCUGGUAUAGUUCGGUGGAUCUCCGUGGUAGGCAACUUAUCACCGAGGUGCAUCCUCAAGUCACUGAUGUCUUGGGUCCCGAUGUUCUGCUCCUGGACAAUGUCUACGGAGCCAUGAUAGACUGGGAUAACCUUGAUCCUGAGAGUGACAUUACAAGACUCCGUCUUGGCGACAUUUCCAACGGUAUAAACUUUGUAUUCGUCGAAUCAUUCGUCGUCUUAUGCUUACUGCUAUGUUUUUUGGCCUAUGUGCUGCAAAUCGUACCCACAGGAUACCACUUGUUUCUCUCUACAGCGGGACUUAUUUUAUGGAUCUGCGCCUGUGUUGCCAUCAUUCGCGCCUUUAUUCUACUGAAACGCUCUAUUUCCACGGCGGAGAUUGCUCCAUCGGGUCGACUGAUCGGCAUAGAGGGAAGAGUGGGUGUCAACAUGAUUGAGGAAUAUUUAUGGGGAUUCAACCAUGGCAGGCUCAAGAUCAUGGAGCCUCAACACGACUCAUGCAUAUCAAGACCAGAACGGGUUACUCCGGACGACGCCGGUGCCUACGAUUUCACAAUUGUCGAUACCCGGUUGAUGACAGUCACAUACAUUGUCAGUGACGAGCCGCCAACCGCAGUGCUUGUAUUGAGAAAAAGAGAUGACCUCAAGGCCGACUUUGCAGAACAUCCGCCCAGAGAAUCGACAAGCCACUAA